AAUGAUUAGCGCCGCAUGCCGCACUGAUUUGUUUGAAAUUGCUGUGAUGUGGCUUGUGACAAGCAAAUUGCACGUCCCAUUACUCCUUCAUCGAUAUCCUCAGUACAUUGGGUACAACCUGUGUAGUAUAAAGAGGAGUCAUCCAGAGGACAAGUCUCUUUCAUGCAUGCUUCAAACGUAGUCGAGACCUGCGAUUCUACAAACGCGUCCACUUCACAAGAUGACUCCGAGCUAUCAUCACCAGUGCCACACACUACACCGCCUUCUACACCUCCAAGAGGUCGUACACGUUACCCCGACUCGCUAGCUCGCGUUCCAUUGCAUCGCCGUGGAACCUCCAAGACAUACGAGCGCCUCGAAGAUCUUCUUCGUGAGGCUGGUUACAAAGAAACUCGCGUCUUUACACCAGAGUCAGAGCGGCACAAUGAUCAUACAACCGACAGACACGCAAGUAGUGUGCGUGGUGGCGUCGGUGCAGUCGUCGGUUUCCUCGCCGGCCUCGUAAGCCGUAAUUCGAGUAUGGCACGGGAACCGAUUUCCAACAAAGAUUCACUCUCUCCUCGGUCUCAACCACCAUCACCGCUUGCACACAUCCAGGGUCUCCACCCAUCUUCUUCCACAUCCCAAUCCGCAUCAUCCUAUUCCUUCAAUACAUCCCCGGAGAGCCUUCGCAAGCAUUCUCGCUUUCACGCCACCCACGCACGACGCAACGUAUUCCCUGAAACCCAUGGCCAACCUCGCCCACCGAAUUCCCACUACAUGCGCCAUCAAUCCUCAUCCAACUUCUCCCGAGACGCUCCGAACGCCCACGCAUACCUUCGACACAUGGCAUCAGCACCAAACAUCCAACCCCUCGCUAAACGACCCUCUUCAUCAAACGUCUCUCUCCGCUCACAUCGCAAUCCCCAACCCCGCCCCCGCCCUUCACGUCGCUCCCUGCUCCUCUCCGCAGACGACAUCAUCGAGACAGAUGACCCUCCUCCGCUCCCUAGUAACUGGAUGGAAUCAGUCGCCAAAGCCCUUCUUUCGGGCGUCGUUCCUGAUACUGCGUCCACACGAAAGACGAGCUCGACGUUUUCAGAUGCGACGAAUAAACCUAGGGAACAGAGACGGCCACCAUUGCUGUGCGCACAGGUGCGGGAUCAGCGCGCGAAUAGGAUCGAGGGGAAGGUGAGCCAGACGAACGUGAUGUGCAGGUCUGCGCCUGCUUCGCGUGCGGGAUCGAGGGUGCGUAGAACCGGCGCGGAGGACGAGGGAUCGGGACAUAGACGUGAUGAUGAGCGACGGAGAAAGAACAAGCGGGACGAAGAAUCGAGGAAAGGAAAGGGGAAGCGCAAGGAAUCAGACAUGGUUCCUUCAUUAGCCCGUACCAGGGUCGAGAAUGACGAAUGGAGCAUGAGCAGGUACCUCCCCGCCAGCCAUAGACAGGAGGGACCAUCCUCCUCGUCCUCAUCUUCCGAAGAUAUGGACGACGACGAAGAAGAAGACGAAGGAGAACUAGACCUAGAACGUUUACUCGUGCCAGCCAGACGCCAGGCCUCCAUCCGCAGUCUCCGGAAACACCUCCACCCACCCACCACAACAGGCAGCCUCCGGGGCUUACCACCAACAUCACCCAGCAUCACCACCGCCAGUACCAGUAUUAUCAAUGGCCAACUAAGUCCUUUCGCGCCAGACUCAAGACAACACAUCUGGCUAGACGACUCCUGGGGUACAGGUAGAGGCCGCCGGUGGGUCGUAGGCGAAGAAGACGACGAAGGGGACGGGUAUGGAAACGGCGCGUUCUCAGCGUCUGAGACUGGUUCUGGCACUAGUACUCGUACGCGUGCGGGAAUGAAGCGCCGCCGCGGGUUGCCUGGCGCGUGGGCGCAAUGGGGCGCUUGACGCUAUAAUAAGACUUCCCUCUUCCUCUUCUUAAUUCUAAUUGUUUGCAUCGAUAGACACACGUGCGGGACGGGGUUGGUUUAUCGGUACUUUGGAAUCUGGACCUUCAUUCGUCCGUUGUCGUGCAUACUUGCUCGACUAUUCGCUUUUUUUCGUUUUCGUUUCAUGCACAUUGUUAUGGUAUGGGGUAUAGUACAUACGGUAUGUUUUUUUAUUGAUGGUGCGGGGUAUCUCGGAUCUCACUGAGUAGCGAAGGAUACGAAUAACUUACUUUGUUCUAACUCGAUGAAUAGAUGUAAUUGUUGACUGUU